AAAAGUCCAUGAUUGCGACUUGACCGAGUGAUGAUCUAGGAGAAGAAGGUGGAGGUGACUGAUAAGGAUUAAGGUGAAGAAGAGAAGCGAAUGGAGCUCCUUAUGCUAUCCCUGCAUGGACACUACCAAUGAUCAAGUGUGCUAGAAGCGGAGGGUGAAGAACAGCUCGACACUGUCCUCUGACGACGGACUGGGUGAUCGAGAUGCCGACUUUGGGAUUUUGUGAUCGAGUUAUAAUGCUGCAAGGGGUAGUAAGCCGGGUUGAGGAAGAGUUGAGUGAAUGGAAGCUCGACAGCGGUCGGCGCGUUGUGAUUGUAUUCUAUCGUCUUUCUUUUCUGCUUACUAUCUUCAUUCAGGUCGUCGAGUGGGAGUCGUGAGAGGGAGUGAGGAGUCUAUGGAUAAAGAGAGAGGAUGAGAAUGGAUGAUGGGUUGAAUGAUAGACCAAGUGAGGGGAACGAACGGUGAUAGGAAAGCUUGUGAGGCUGGUCGAUUUCACCUUUGGGAAUCCACUUCCGAAGGAACGAAUGAAUUAGACCUCUUUUUCUCGGCAAUAGAUAACGUGCUGGUCGAUCCAACUCCACCUUUCAAUCGAUCCAACGGUUCAAAGAUGACCCAACGGACCAACGAAGAGAGGGUCUGACCCUUUGACGGGGUUGAACGAUUUAUUCCGUGUAAAGGCAAGAG